AAAUUAAACCGGGAAUAAUUUAUUAAAAUCUCGUCGAUUCACCAACAAUUAACUGAAUAACUUAAUAUUUCGUAGCUUUUUUGCGUAAUUAAUGUGCCAUAAAUCAAAUUUACAAUCUUAUUUUGCCUGUAUCACCGCCUAGGAGGCGCUAGUGCGCCGUACAGUUGUUUUGAUGUUCAACAUGAUUGAAGAAGAAAAGCGGUUUGUUUUUUUUCUCUCUCUCUCUGUUUGGACCUCUAUCACCGUGCUAAUCAUCUAAACGCAAUAUUCUGACAUGAUUUUGCAGCUACAGUUAAAUCUGACAGUAGAGGAUCAAAUAUAAAAAUCCUUUAGUGUGUGUAUUUGAGGCGAUUAACUACGCUCUGAGGUAAGUCAAACUGAAUUUUGCUAGGUGAGCUACUUUGCUAGCAUUGUGUGGUUUGGUGGAUUCCUACUUCCUGUCGUUACUGCGAGCUGCUGGUACACGUUAAUGCCGCCGCCAUAUUGGAAAGGUCAAGCGUGGCUUGUAAACACGUUCCAGCCUUUGCUUAGAUACAGAUUUGUGGGGAUAUGCAGACAGAAACUUGUACUGCUUCAUGUGAAAGGACACCAGACAUUUUGGGACAUAUCUCCUCUGUAGACUAUCAGAACCAUGUAAAAAAGGAACAACCUGAAGAUGAAGACUAUCCCUGUGAUGGGAUGUCAAGCUCUGUGGAACACUUUAUUUUUGUGGACCAACAGAAUGAAGGAUUCCUGAAAAAGCCUGUAAAAGAGGAAGAAGAUGAAGGUGAAGACUACCUCUAUUGUGAAGAUUGCAGAUCCUUUUACAUCAACAAAUGUGAAGUUCACGGUCCAGCUCACUUCAUCAAUGAUACACCUGUUACUAUGGGGGUCAUUGACCGAGCCAGACAGACCCUUCCACCUUGUCUAGAGGUUCGGCAGUCUGGUAUUCCUGAUGCAGGUCUGGGAGUGUUUAAUAAGGGGGAGACUGUUCCUGUUGGUGCACACUUUGGGCCCUACCAGGGAGAUCUGGUGGACAGAGAAGAAGCAGUGAACAGUGGCUACUCCUGGGUGAUAUAUAAGAACAAGCAAUAUGAGGAAUACAUAGAUGCCAAGAGAGAGAUGUAUGCUAACUGGAUGAGAUAUGUGAAUUGUGCUCGUAACGAUGAAGAGCAGAAUCUCAUGGCAUGCCAAUAUCGAGGAGGAAUUCUGUACCGUUGCUGUCAAGCCAUCAAACCAGGACAGGAGCUCUUGGUGGGAUAUGAAGAGGAAUAUGCCAAAGAUCUAGGCCUUGCAUUCGACUUCAUCUGGAAGAAAAAAUGCUCCACGAAUGAAAUGAAAGAUGCCCAGUUGCAAGUCUUCUCCUGCUCCUGGUGUUCACUUUCUUAUACAUCUCAAAUUUAUCUCCACAAUCACUUGAGAAGAAACCACUACAAGGAAUAUGUAAGCCUGAUGAAAUCAGGAGAUAUUACAUAUGAUAAUCCAGUGGCCACAAUAAGCUCUGGCUGUCAGCAAACAUCAUGUGGCACGGUGAACUCUAACUCCACUAACCGACAAAUACAAAAAAUAGCCUAUCACUGCUCACAGUGUGGGAAGAGUUUCACUCAGCAGAGUACGCUCCAGCGACACCAGCGCAUUCACACAGGAGAGAAGCGGUAUCACUGCUCACAGUGUGGGAAGAGUUUCACUAAGCAGAGUACGCUCCAGCGACACCAGCGCAUUCACACAGGAGACAAGCGGUAUCACUGCUCACAGUGUGGGAAGAGUUUUAAUGAUGUGAGUAAUUUCAAAACACACCAGCGUGUUCACACAGGAGAGAAACCGUAUCCGUGCUUACAGUGUGGCAAGAGGUUUAUUGAGAGAGGAUCUCUUAAAGCACACCAGCGCAUUCACACAGGAGAGAAACCGUAUCAGUGUUCAGAAUGUGGGAAACGUUUUAAUCAACAGAGUCAUCUCCAACAACACCAGCGUGUUCACACAGGAGAGAAGCCGUAUCACUGCUCAGAGUGUGGGAAGAGCUUUAGUAAAGUAAGCACUUUUCACAGACACCAGCGCAUUCAUACUGGAGAGAAACCGUAUCAUUGCUCUCAGUGUGGAAAGAGAUAUAAGGACAAAGCUAAUCUUCAAACACACCAGCGUAGUCACACAGGAGAGAGGCCGUAUCACUGCUCAGAGUGUGGGAAGAGUUUUAUUCAACAGAGUGAUCUACAAAGACACCAGCUCAUUCACACAGGAGAAAAGCCGUAUUCGUGCUCAGAGUGUGGGAAGAGCUUUAAUCGACAGAGUAAUCUACAAAUACAUCAGCGCGUUCACACAGGAGAAAAGCCGUACCACUGCUCAGAGUGUGGGAAGAGCUUUAUUCAACAGAAUAAUCUACAAACACACCAGCGCAUUCACACAGGAGAGAAGCCGUAUCACUGCUCGGAGUGUGGGAAGAGCUUCACACAGAAGUGUCACCUUGAUGGUCAUAAACAUGUUCACACAGGGGAGAAGCCAUAUCAGUGCACACAGUGUGGGAAGAAUUUUAUUCGACAUAGUGAUCUCAAACAACACCAGCGCCUUCACACAGGAGAGAAGCCGUAUCACUGCUCACAGUGUGGGAAGAGCUUUAAUAAAGCGAGUUCACUCCAACAUCACCAGUGCAUUCACACAGGAGAGAAGCCAUACGAGUGCUCCAAAUGUGGGAAGAGCUUUUCUCAGCAGAGCCAUCUCCAAUCUCACGAGCGCGUUCACUCAGCAGAGAAGCCGCAUCAUUGCUCACAGUGUGGGAAGAGUUUUACACGGAAAAGUGACUUUAAGAAACAUCAGCGCACUCACACGGGUGAAAGGCCAUAUCAGUGCUCACAGUGUGGGAGGAGCUUUGCUCAACAAAGUAAUCUCCAACGACACCAGCGCAUUCAUACAAUGGAGAAGCCAUAUCGCUGCUCACAGUGUGGAAAGGGUUUUACACAACAGAGUGAUUUUCGAACACACCAGCGCAUUCACACGGGAGAAAAGCCGUAUCAGUGCACUCAGUGUGCGAAGAGAUUUACCACCAUCAGUAAUCUCCAGCGACACCAGCGCAUACAUACAGGAAAGAUGCCGAUUCAGUGCUCGGUCUGGACUGAGAUUUACUUAGUCACCUGUGUUUAAGAUACACAAGUGCACCAACAUGGAGCCAUCAACUUCUGACAUGUGAACUUCAAAUCAAGAAACGCGAUAAUUACUGUUUUGUGUUUGUUUUGUUUCAAAUGUGUGUGUGUGUGUGGCUAUAUAUACGUAUAAAAUAAGAUUUCAAUUCUCUAACAUAAACUAUUGCUAAACACCAUUCUGACCCCACGUAGUGGAUAGCACACUAAACCACAUACAAACUUCUGAGGGCUAUGUAAACUGAGUCUGGAGAUCUGGAGCUAUUUAGAUACCAUGUAAUAAUUUUUUUUCGGUUUAAAAGCACCUGACUUUAACCCAAAGACCCUGUCUGUAAGAUUAGUCAAAACAUAACGCAAUUCCUAGAAUAAACACAAAACUAAACAUAGACUCACUGUCCAUUUUAUUACAAGAAAAUGUGAUCUCACUCCUAUUAGGAAAAGUGCCAUGGAAUGGCAUUCAAUAUCAAAUCUCCUACCAGGUGGAAAUCAUAAGAUCACAUAAACAUGGUGUCAUGCAGAGAGUAACACACUGACACUAGUACACUCAUCCUGAAACACUUUUAAAUCAGGAAUACGAAUAGCAAGAAUAUGAGUGAUGCAAUCCCAUAGCAUUUUAUUUUGAAAAAUAAACUAUUAAUAAAAUAUAGCUAUUGAGUUUUGAGGAAAGAACUGGAUGAAGGUGUGUUGAUGGACGGACUUGUGCAGAAAGUCUUCAGAUAUCAGUAAGAUAGAGAUUUAUUUAGUGAUUAAAAAAGAAAUUAAAUAAAAUGGCAGUAUAA